CACAUUCCACGUUGUACAGCGGUCGCUGAAUUUUGAAAAACAGAAUGGCUACUGAGGCUGUUCAAGCGUUGCUUGAAAGAUGCGACCAUGUACAUUUGGAUUUGUACGAUAUGGCAGAGCACCAGGAGGGUGGAGAAGCGGAGUUGAUGGUGCCCUACCUAACUGAGAGUCGUAGCAAACAGAAGAUUUUGGGCAGACAGUUGUUUGUGCUUGAUGACAUGAUGCAGCUUCUGGAGAGACUGGAGACAACUGAUCAGCUGUUUAAUGAAUCCUGCCCCCCAAACCCUGGCAAUGAGGCUCACAGCUGCUGGAAGGUCCUGAAAAGUGAAUAUAAAGAGGGAGUCCAGGAGGUGGAGGCACUCAUUAGCACCUUACGGGACAUGAUGGACAAAUUGCACCACAAACGGAACAGACUGACAAACCUAGUCACAGCACUAGAAAAUAAGAAAGAUCUCAGCCUGCAGAUGGGGGAGUCUCUGCAGACAGCCUACAAUGCCUUGCGUGUGUGUGAGGGGCAGCUGGCCCAGCUGAGGACGGAGACAGACGCCACACUGGACCGCUCGGCUGACUGGCAGCACCUGAGAGACGCCCUGCAGGGCUAUGUGGAGGAGACACAGGGGGUGAUGCAGUGUAGGCUGCUGUCGGUGGGGUCCUCAGAGCUGUGUGUGGAACUGAGGCCCCGCUCCUGUGGGUCCUCUGGCCAGCUGGAGCCCCUCAGUCUGACUGUCACUUGGAGCCCUGAUGACCACUUCCACCUCCAGGUGUAUCAGGGUACUGCAGGGCUGUUAGAGGUGUCAAUGAAGGGUUGCCUUUCUCAUCUCAGUGCUGCCUUGCUGGAGGUCAUGCAGUGUUACACCAGCCAGGGAGAGAUGCUGGCUGAGAUCCAGGCCCUGCAUUCCAGGUUUGCUAUAGACUGGCGUCCAGGCCAGAGACUGCUAGUGUUCCUGAAGACUGCCUCUAUUGUGUGUAACCUGGGGGUGGAGGAGGGCUACCCCUCCAGAGGCACAGCUACACUCAUCUCUGUACGCAGGGACGGAGAACUGGUCGACAACGCUGUCCUACAGCCUCCCCAGAAGACCCCCUCUCUGACAGAGUGGCUGGAGUUCCUCUCCUCCAGUCCAUACGUCUGACCAUCCUCUCUAUUCUACACAGAGGAAGUGGCUGUUUCUCUCCAUGGUCACUAAAUGGCGCCCUUGCCUCUCUAAUAUGUAAAUAUUAGGAAUGUAACAAAUUACUUAUAUUCAUUGGUCCAGGUUCAUUUUUUUAAAAAGAUACUAGUGCAUGGUUCUGCAGGAGACCAAACCAAUCCAAAUUAAGCGUGCGUCGUUCAGAAAACUUAUUCAAAUGUUACAAUCAACAGUUCGCUGAUGUUUUUCACUCAUUGUUUUAUUCAAAAAAUAGCUCUUAUGUGUUGUGACUGAGUUAAUGCGUCCUCCUGAACUUUUAUGCGUGUAACUGCAUAUGACUGUCAGAUAAUUGUGAGCACAGUGCAGGAAGAGACAGCUGCAUGCGCCAACUAGAGGUAGGCCUAUCCCUUUUCUAAUAGGCUGUUCUUACAUCAGCGCGGCACCUUCAGCAUUCAGAUGCUUUGAAAAUGGCUUUCACAAUGUCAUCAUASGGUUUAUUAGUUGAGUGACAACCAUUGUAAUUUGCUGGGACAUUGUUACCAAAUGCUAUGUAUAAUAUAUAUAUUUUUACUGGAGUUGUGUAGUCUACCGGAUUGGACACACCACGCAUCGAACUGUUGAUUGGAGUUAUCAAUCAUUCCGAUUUUUAGAUUGUUCAUGUCACCAUAAUAAAUAGGUUCGGUAGUUUGGGUAAUUGAAUGAAGGACCUCAGUCAUUUUUGAGAGCUGCGCAUGGUCACAUUCAUUGGUCAGAGCAGGAUAAGCUCUCCAUAAAAUUCCAAACGGUCUAAACCAUUUGCUUUUGAGACAGUUAAAAUCCAACGCUGCAUUAUAUUAAAUGUCAUGCUAAUUUGUAAAGAUAAAUAUUGACAUAAAACAUGUUGAGCUUGUACUAUCUGCAAAAAUGAGAAGUUAAUGAGUGGGUGAUGGUGAUUGCAGAUUUUAAAAAAAUUAAAAAGUGGGUGUACAAAAAGCAUAAAUUGCCCUUACCCCUAAUCUGAUGAUAGUGGGGUGGUAGAUUCUCAGUCGGCCCUGUGGCUCAGCUCAUGUGCCUAUAUCAUUGAUAUUGACACACUAACAGAGGGACUCUCAGCUUCUAGAAGUAAUCUCAGACAGAUCCAGCUCAGAUAGGCCCAGCUCCUGAGCUCUAAUCAUUAGCAGAUAUUAUUUUAAAAUGGAAAAUGAAUGUGUUCAUGCAACAAAAAAAAUACUAUAUAGAAACGAAUCACAUCAAUUCAUUCCCCUAAUCAAACAGAAUCAUUUAAGACUUAAACAUAUCGUUCCUGUAUCAUAUCAGAGCCCAUGUAUCUAGAUGUGUAUCGAAUCAUUCAUGAAGGGAGAGCUGCACAUCCCCUAGUAAAUAUCUCAUGACUCUAUCUAAUGUUGCUCUGUUUUGUCUUCUAGCUGUAUCUGUUGUAACAAUAUUACGACUCGCAUGUAAAUAAAUAACAUACCAUUUUGGUGAA